UCUUGGGUAGGUCAGUAGUCGAGGGGACGCCAUGUGCUUUUGAAGCAGAAGGAACUUGGUCCAAGAAAACUUAUCUGCUUGUCAGUGGAUAAUCACGCCUGAAAGUACCAUAUUUUUAAAACCAUGUACUGUUCCACGCGAUGCCUGCGGACUGCGCUGCGCGCCGCUGCAAGCACGUACAGACAAGAAAACCAGUGGCAGGCCCCAGCCCUGUUGGCAUGCAGACUAUUGAGGACAGGUUCAUCGAACCAUGUGGAGGCCAUAGCCACACCUCCUCUUGACGGAGCACCCAAACAAUACUCUCCUAAAAUUCAGCAACUUGUCAAUGACAUAGCCAGUCUCACUUUGUUAGAAGUUUCAGACCUUAAUGAACUUCUCAAGAAAACACUGAAUAUCCAAGAUGUUGGAAUGAUGCCAAUGGGUGCUGUAGCUGGAACAGUAGUACCGGCAGCUCAGGCUGCAGAAGAAGAUGAGGCACCAGCCAAAAAAGAGAAAACUCACUUCACAGUAAAACUGACAGAGCUAAAAGCAGCUGAAAAAGUGAAGCUUAUAAAAGAAGUCAAGAACUGUAUUCAAGGGUUAAAUCUAGUACAGGCUAAAAAACUAGUGGAGUCCCUCCCUCAGGAAAUCCGAGCCAAUAUAUCCAAAGAGGAGGCAGAGAAACUGAAAGCUGCCCUGGAGGCAGCAGGGGGCACUGUAGUGCUGGAGUAGAACAGUUCCAAACUCCACCCUUCUGCACUUCAUGCUCUGUUCUACAUUCUGAUUUAACAAAGAAGAGUGAAUAAUCAAAAAGGAUACUGAAAUGCCUGGGACAUUUUCACUGAAGUCACCGUGGGACAACACUGCCUGGACUGAACUUUUGAUGAAGAUUUGCUCUAAAGACUGCCCUUCUGUUUGCUUUAUUUGUUCGUACAUGUGUAUGAUGGUGCUGUAGCUUCUAGCCUACAGAAAAUUGGCAAGUGCUAACCCAGUCAGUUCAAGUGAUUAUGCAAGUGUAUAAAGCCGAAUGAUAAUUUGUCCUGGGUGAACCUAUUUACAAAACCUUCAAAGAAAAACGGUAGAUUUUGUUGAAAGUCAGAAAGUUAUUGUAUUGCUCAAGAUACUGUCAUUAAAGUUGAACUAUCCAUAUUAUAAUAUAUUUGUACAUUGGUUAUAUAUACCUAGCUUAUCUUGGCAUAUCUGCAUAAUCCUUUAUUAAUGAUGUCAUUCAGCUUGAUGCAUCAAACCAAAUUGUGCAAUGUGCAAUCUGACCAUUGUAAUUGGCUUGUCGAUUUGUCAAACUAACGCUAGGUGGCGCAUGCGCUCUAUGCUUGCAAAAGGAUACCAGACAGACAAAUAAUCCGUCAGUUUCAAAUGUGAGUCUUUGUGGGUAAAGCUCAGAGAUUUUUCUUAAAUAUAUCAUCAAAAAAUCACUGCUCACGAAUGAUCUAGAAGAGGGCAAACAAUGCAGUGUCCAACUGAUGAUUGUGGCCAAUAUAAUGCAAAAUUGCUUUUAUUCAAUAACCUUUGUUUGACUUACUUAUUGGUACAAUUGAUUAAAUGGCAGAUUUCUGUUUCUUAAACUCUCAAAUAUGAUCAUCCAAAUGUACACAAUUUAAUGGCAUGGAGUUCUUUUCUAUGUACCUAACACCCAAUAGUUUCUACACAUUACCAAUAUCACAGAAAUACACCAAUCUGUACACCGGUAAGAUUGUAUUGAACAAUAACAUGAGAUAAGAUCCAAACUUUGUAUAUUGUCCUGUGACGAGAAUUUUCUAUUGCAUUUACACAAACUACUAGACAUACAAAUAUGUUGGUGAUAUCGCUACAACUGAGGUCUUUCAAGUCAACGUUUGGUACAUUUUUGAAGGAGUUAAAAUCUGCCAAAAUGAACAGCAAUGGGGUGUUCCGCAUUCAAUCAGUGGAGGGAGCAUUUAUACUGUGCCUCUCCCAUGUCAUUAUUUGCCCGAACCAAGAUUGUACCAGGAUCAUUAAAGCAAAAGGUUACUCAUGCUGAGAAAUGAUUGGCUUUACAUUUGUCAUUUGUGGUAUGCUGACAGUGAUGAGAACAUCCCAAUUUGAAUGGGAUACGAAAUUAACGCUAUCCAUGACAGAUAUGUGCACAUCCAUCCUCCUUGUUAAUGCAUUUCUUGCAUUUCUUCUUGUCUUGUCUUAACUACAACAAAAGUUUUUUUUUGUUUUUUUUUAACUAUGCACUCACUAUUGCUUACAUAGUUUAACUCUAAAGCAUUUGGGCCUGUAUUUUCAAUCACCACAUACAUGAUGAUUAAAGUAGACUCAUCUCUUUCAAUAAGACCAUGUCUUGGAGGUCAGGGGCAGCAGUGGCACUGAGAAUGUCCAGUGGGUUUCUGUUACUCAUAACAGUUAUGUGUUAUUUGUGCUGGUUGAACUGUAUUGAAUGCAGCUUGACGUGUCAUAACUUGCAGAUGUCGCUUUAUAGGUUUGAUCCCUUUUCAAAGAAAUAAGACACUUUGCAAAGGGGGUGGCAAUUGUAUUAUACUUUGUUAGCUUUUUUGUGUUUUGUUUUUUUCGGUACUAGGAUUUCUGCAGUUGCUUUUGCUGCCUAUCUCACAUAUAUGUCUAUAUUCUGAUGAGAAAUAUGGCACUGUAGGAACUAGUUCAGUGUGGAGGUUUUUACCAUAAACUAUACUGUUUCAUAAAAUAUAAGAUGGCUGUGUGCCACAUUCUCACCAGUCACAGUAGGCUAUUGCCUGAAUAGAUAAUGGAAAUCACAAAGCAAUGGAGAUUUUCAAUGCAAGCAAUGUUUUCUUUCAAUAAUUUUGUAUUUGUUUGGUGACUCACAUUGCAUUGCUCAGGAAGCAUGAAAUUAAUUUGUUGAGGCACAAAUGCAUAUUUUAUUGGACCAUAGCUGUAUGCCUCAGUAGCCAAAGGAUUUCCUGGGUAUACUACAAAGUAGUGUAAUGCUUUGAAAAGAGCUGUAGUCUACUGAAACAUACUUAAAUGCACAAAAUCCAAAGUGGAAAAUAAUGUUGCAUUUAAUAAUUAUCAAAGUCAAGGGUUUUUCUUCUCUGUGAGGCUCAAUGUGGUGUUUUACCAUCUAUUUCUUCAUCCAAACAUUUACUACCAGUCUGAUUCAGCUUAUGCUCAAGAUUUAAGUACAUAAUUUUCACCCAUAGCUGUCUCAUCCCUCAGUCAUCCAGCUAUGAUUCAUAGUAAAAGAAAAAACAUAAAAUCUAUCAACUGGACAAAACGAUGUAGGAGUGAAGGUAUUUUGCUGCUCAUCCAAGCCGUGUCUUCAGUUCUGGUCAGAUUACUGGUGGACACUGCCUUAUACCCAUAACCUUUUUCUAACUGGGUCUGUGAGUCCUCAUGAGUGUGUCUUUGGCUUUCUGUGGCUAUAUUUUACAUCGAUCCAGGUAUUACUUUAGUUUUAAGUUGCUGGCCAUCCAUCAUAGUCAGCAUUAGAGCGCACUUUUUUCACAUCAUUUUGAAUAAAAUUACAUUUCUCUCAACUCAG